AUGAUAUUAACACUCCAUUGGGGGAUUCCCAAUGUAUGUAGAGUGAACCCACCUAAAUUACAUGGAAAGCAUUGGUGCGGAGGAGCGAUUGUCGGUAAUCAAUGGGUAUUAACGGCAGCACAGUGCUUUGAUUAUGUGUCUAAAGAGGAGGUGACUGUACGUAUGGGUUCAGUAUUUCGUGACUUCGGCGGGAAAAUUCUUUCCGUUAUUGACAUUAGACGACACCCUGAAUACAGGACGGAUCAAUAUUAUCCUGAACACAAUUUAGCUAUGAUUAAGCUUAACAUACCUGUCACCGUCGGUAGCCGAGUUCAGAUUGUGUCAGUUGCCACUCCUGGAGCUGAACUUCCCUCUGUCUUCGGAGAAACCAUAAUCACUGGAUAUGGAAGCGUGGUAACAGGUCAAAUCCGAGAAGGGCAGAAUCAAGAACUUCGUCGUAUGAUAGUAAAAGAGAUGCCGCGACCAGAUUGCAGGCGUAGUUACGGAAACGAAUAUCGCCUACAGCAUGACCACAUGUGUCUCCAAAGCGUGAUGAGAGGUGUCGCGUUGUGUGCGGGUGAUACGGGGGACCCAGCAGUCCAUUUCAGUGGCGUGAACCGAGCGGGGACGUUGUAUGGCAUUGCUCUCUUCUCUGGCACAGAAGAAUGUGCCCAUAAACAGAAACCUGGUGUUUAUGCUAAGGUCUCUUAUAGCAAAGGAUGGAUUAGCAACGUAUUGAACAACCAGGAUGUUAACGAAAGCGUGGACAGUGGAGAUAAUGCAAUACCAUUAGAUAUAUAA